AUGGCUAAACCAGAGCACUACCUGGACAUCGGGGAACGGCAGGUGGUGCACUAUCACCUGAAAAACUGGAACGAAGACAACCCUCCCGAGCCGAUGAACUUCAUCAAAGUCCUGAAAACAAUCAGGGAACGCAAAUCAAACUCCAUGCUGUAUGAAGAAGAUUAUGAAAAUAGGGUCCUAGUGCACUGCGGUGCUGGAGCGAACCGCAGCGGAGGCUUCAUCGCUGUCUGGAAGCUGAUGGACGACGUUGACCAAAACCGGAAGCCAAAUGUCUUCGCAACUGUGGAGAAACUGCGACACCAGCGCAUGCUCGCCGUCCAGACUCUGAGGAUGUAUUGCUACAUCCAUGAAUGCAUCGACUUUUACGUUGAAAACAAGAAAAUUAUCAGUGAAGAUAUUUGUCCUCAGCAACUUGUUCCAAACGAGUAUGCCCACAUGCGGAGUAAGAAACCCGAAUACUAA